AUGGGCCUUCUCGCCUCGACUUUGACCUGUGCAUCCGACUGGGUGCAGGUUGCCGGUGCCAUUGCAUUCUUUGGAAAGACCAAAGCACAGCCCAAACAGUUUUCAGGCUUCGGGUGGGAGCAAACACCCGAUGGGUUGAUUUUGAGGUGGUUGAAUCAAUAUGGCCGCGAUCCGUUGCGCCUUUGCAUGAUCAACAUGAUUCGUGUGGGCCCUGGUGGGGCUGCCGGUGCCAUUGCAUUCUUUGGAAGGACCAAAGCGGCCGUCCUUCGAGAGGUUGAAAGUGGGGAGAGAGAGUCCCAGAGCGUGUCGAGUCUGUGUGGGCAGUUGAAAAACAGCGGCUACACACAGGAUUAUUUGGCGCAGCAGAUUCGUAACUAUCUGGCAGGUGAGAGUCGGAAUCAGGUGCUGGAAGCCUUAGAUCUUCGAUUGUUGGCAUGUCACCAUGUGCUGCUGGAAGAUCUGUCAGAAGAUCUCUUGGAGGAGCUCCUUGAGAAGCAGCUGGCAGACGAUGAACUCAGCCGAGUUCGGAAGCAGUUGUACGGAGACAGCAGCUUGCCCGUGUUAACCGCGGAAGCGCGGCAGAAGCGAGUAAUUUCGUCCGUUGAAGAGAAGAACAGCACGAAAAGGCGGCAGUUGAUAAUCGAACGUAUCGCUGUGGAUGCCGCCUUGCGAGAAUAUCGCGAGUCCCAGCGUCAGCAGGAGGGGAGUGGACGGGGGUCCAUCGGAUCGCAGCGACUCUGGAAGGCCUGGGUCAAUGACUUGACUCAGAUCUUAAUGGAUCCUCAGUCCUCCUACGCUCGUGGCAGGGGAGCAAAGUCCUUCAAGGCGUUGCAGAAGCUUUGCGGGACGCUAGAGUCUCAAGGGCCCGAGAUGGACCCGCAAGUCUUGGCCCUGAUCGCAUGUCAGACCACCCUGAACUUGCUGUUCUUGCCGAAUUACCGCCACAAGGAUGAUGCACAACGAGAUGUCCAAGAUGGGAGGUUUGGAGAAGUUCGCUGGGUGACCGUGUGCAGCACCAUCGGAGAGAUGGUGCAGAUGGAGCGCAUGGCGAUGGAUUCCACAAGCCUGAAAGGAGACCGGGACCGCAGGAAUAUGAUGUUUCGCCGCUUGCGGAAGGCUGCAUCCCAAGAUGUAGUAAAAACCGUGCAGCUUGGUGCUGCCUUGGCUGAACUGCUCCUGUCCUGUGCCAAAGUUGAAGUGCCGGCAGAGCAGGUUCCCGAGAAGUUCAAUGCGGAGAACCCCCCGAAACCUGGACAGAAGGUACUGCUGGAGGCUUUGCAGCACCGGCUACGCCGUGAAGGGAAGAGAAAGCACGUGGGUGUGAUCUCCUUACACCCUGCUGUGCGCUCCAUGCUGGAGAGUGACGAGGAUUUGAUGCGCUUCAUUCAGCCCAAGCACAAACCAAUGAUUAUCCCUCCCGACCCCUGGAGACCCUGUGGCCUUGGACCUCAAGGUCCAUAUUUGAUUCAUCCCGUGGAGUUCGUGAGAACAACCGAUCAAAAGAUGACGUGCUUGCGAAGUUACAAUCCCACUCGUGUCGCCGGUGUCAUGGACUUCCUCGGGCGAAUGCCGUGGAAAAUCAAUCGGCGAAUUCUUGACUUGAUGGAACACGUUAAAAGUGAAGAUCUUGCUGUGGCGGACGUUCCGCAGCAGAAGGACCCGGAGGUGCCACCGUUGCCGACGACCCACGAGGAGCUGAUCCUUUCAGACCAAGAGCUGAAAGAGAUGCGAAUGAGGCAUUUCAAUGCUCGGAAAGUUGUCCAAACCUUGCAGUCGGAGCGACCGACCUUCGACUUGAAGUUGCAAGUGGCCAAAGAGUUCUUGAAUGCGGAACAGGUCUACUUCCCUCAAAACGUCGACUUCCGUGGACGUUCCUACCCCAUUCCGCCCCACUUGAACCACAUCGGGGACGACGUGAGUCGUGGCUUGUUGAUGUUCGCUGAAGGGAAAGCGCUGGGGCCAGACGGACUCUUUUGGUUAAAAGUCAACCUGGCGAACCUCUUUGGCAAGAACAAGGUCUCUUUGGCCGACCGAGCCGCUUGGGUGGAUGCGCAGAAGGAAACCAUCCUGCAGGUGGCGAAGGAUCCCUUGAAUGAAGAGAACAUCAAGUGGUGGAGCAGUGCAGAUGAUGGGCCUUGGCAAGCGCUCGCGCGCUGUUUCGAGCUGGAAGAAGUUUGGAGCAGCAGUGCGCCUGAGGAGUACAAGAGCUAUCUGCCAGUGCAUAUGGAUGGUUCUUGCAACGGCUUGCAGCACUAUGCAGCGUUGGGUCGAGACAUUGAGGGCGGCCAGGCCGUGAACCUGGUGCCUGCGGAGAAACCACAGGAUGUCUACACCUUUGUUUUGAACGUGGUGAAGAAAAAGGUUCAUGCCCAAGCGACUGCCGAAUUGGAGGAAGAGUCGACGGAUUCUGGGAGAUAUGCCACUGAAGAAAGAAAGAAGCAGCUGGCCCAACGACUCAUCGAGCUUGAUGUCUUGCAGCGGAAGGUGGUGAAGCAGACGGUCAUGACCAUUUGCUAUGGUGUGACCAACAUUGGUGCUUUCCGGCAAGUACAAAGUCAUAUGGGAGACUUCGUGGGUGACAAGGUGGAGACGGCCGAACUCAAGGAGCUGUCGCGAUACCUGUCAGGGCUCGUGUUGGCUUCCAUUGGUGAUGUUUUUGCUGGAGCCAAGAAGAUCCAGGACUGGUUCAAACUAGUGACCAAGAUGUUCAACGGUGUGCAGGCCCCGGUGGCCUGGAUUUCGCCGCUGGGUUUCAGCUGUUCGCAGCCGUACCGCAAAGCCGAGACGGUGCGCAUGGCCAGCAAACGUCAGAGCGGCAGGCAGAGCAGUGGUUUUCCACCCAACUUCGUGCAUUCGCUGGACGCCACUCACAUGAUGAUGGUGGCAGAGCGAUGCCAGAAACAAGGCAUUUAUUUUGCCGCAGUCCAUGACUCCUUCUGGACGCACGCCUCUGAUGUGCCGUUGCUGAACGAGUCCAUUCGUGAAGCCUUUGUGGAGCUCUACGAGAAACCGGUCCUGCAGGAGGUCUACGAGGAUUUCUGCGUUCACCUCGGAGGGCAGAAAGUUCCACCACUGCCAGAACCAGGUAAGCUGGACAUCUCAGUGGUUAAGAACAGUACGUAUCUAUUUUCCUGA